UAUUCGAACUGGCCAAUCAACAGCGAGUUUACAUAGGUAAAUUUCAAAACGCGAAGCGGUAAGGGAAACUCAGCCAAGAAGAUGUAUGGAUAAUAGUUUGUUUUCUAUAAAUCUACGCGUGCAAUCAACGAAACAAUGACGGGAUCAAGUAAAGACAAGAUCAAGACCGAGGUAACUGGCCGUCUUGAUGCCGCCCUCAACAAAUUGUACCAUAUCUGGAAUGAGAUUGGCAUCUGUGAAUCCCAGAUGCAGGAACGUGCUGGGACUGUGUCUCAUCAUCUGUGCAACCUACUGGAGGAGAUGGUGGAAGAGGAAUCCAUACUCCGCUCACAGAUACAACAGAACAUUGGCACAUACAGUGAUGAGAUCAAGAAACUUUCAGGGGAACUGGUUGUAACCCCAUUUGUGCCCAAGGAGUCGCUGACCAUGCUUCAGAAGGAGAAAGAGUUGAGGGCCAAGCUGGACGGACUACAACAGGAGAAGUCAUCCCGGAUGAAGAGUCUGAAGACACUGCGGGACCAGGACCAGGAUCUGUGUGAAGUGCUUUGUGCCACGCCCUACUAUGUUGCAUCCGGCACAGUGCCAACCAAGGAUCAACUCAAGGACUUGGAGAAACACAUUGCAACCCUCUCGGCGGAAAAAGAAACACGUCACACAGAAUUCGUACAGACAAAGAAACUUAUAAUUGACCUGUUCAAUGAAAUGGAUCGAAGCCCUGACACAUCCUUUGAGAGAGAUAUCAUGUGCGAAGAUGACGAUGCUUUCCAACUAUCCACACAAAACAUGAGAACCCUGAAGUCACUUCACGAAGAGCUUGAACAGAAGAAGGACGACAUGAAGCAGACGACUAUGAACCUGUGGCUGCAGAUCCAUGCAUUAUGGGAUAGGUUAGAGAUGGAAGAAAGCGAGCGGGAAAUCUUCAAAAAGGACAAAGACAGUUUUAAACCUCAUGUAAUAAAUGGCCUCAAAGAGGAGGUUGCACGGUGUGAAAAACUGAAAUUUCAGAAUGUUCAGCGAUUUGUUGAAGGAAUUCGACGGGAACUAUUGCACUGGUGGGAAAAGUGUUUUUACAGUAGGAAACAGAUGGAUGAAUUUGAGCCACUCACAGACGAGCACUACACGGAAGAGUUACUGGAGGUGCAUGAGCGAGAGCUGGCGAAGGUUAAGGGUUUUUACGAGAAGUAUCACUGUCUCUUGGACCAGAUUGCCCGACGUGAGGAGCUCUUUUCAAAGAUGAUAGAGUUUGAGAGAAAGGCAAAUGAUCCCAACAGAUACAAGAACAGACGACACAAUUGUCUCUUACAAGAGGAAAAGGAACGCAAAAAACUCAUGAAAGAAUUACCAAAGGUGGAGGAUGAUGUUCGGGAUGCUGUGCGGAGCUGGGAGAAGGAGAACAAUCGACCGUUCCUUGUAGAGGGGGUCAAAUACGACAUGUAUAUCAUACGCCAGAGAGAGGCUUACAAUGAACAGAAGAUCCGCGAGAAGGAGCAGAGGCAAAAAGCUAAAGCCAAACAGAUUCAGGAAGAGAUGAUCUUCGGUUCAAAACCGGCCACACCUUCCAAGAGGGCAUUUGGGGGAACUACUCCACAGAAAACCCCUAACAAAGUCAGAAAGUUGAAUGACACAAACAAAACACCCGCCUCAGUAAGCAGAAUACAACACACUAGUGUGUUUGCAUCUCCAUAUCGACGUGCUCCAAUGUCGGCCAGUAAGACACCUAACAACAGGUCCCAAAAGCGGCGCUCACUGCGCCUUGCUCGCAAAGUGCUAUCGGAGCGCAAUACGGGCCCUGCCGACAGCGAUUCCAUGUUUAGCCAGACCACGGUAAGCAGCAAGGAUGGUGGGUGUGGCAGCAGCAACGCAAGUCUCGCGUCUACGGGAUCGUACCAAGAUUUUGCUGGGAAGGGAGUUCCAAAAGCCAUCCCUGAAGUGACCAGUUGAACAUUCACCCCUCAGUCGGUCUCAAUCCCACAUCUCGUCCCUACUGUCGAAGUAGCAGCAUCUUUCCGCCCCCUCCACGUAGCCCGGCCAAGCUGCACUGAGUAGAUGUAGAGGAUGCUUCAUGAUGUACUCCAUGUAUUUUAUGCUAGAUAAAUGACUUUACUUUUAACAUGUUCAUCGGCUUGUGUUCAAGCUGCAUUGUAAAUUAUGGGUGCGCAUGGUUGUGUGAGUGUGUUGGUGAGAGAUGUCUAUUUCAUCUUGUCAAUUUCACAGGCUGUCUUAUUCUUAUCUGUCUUUCAUAACUUAGAGUCUGGAUGUAUGCUGACCAUUUUAUUUGUAUUGUGGCAAAUAAAAUACAAUACAAAAUGGUUGACUUUUAUUUGCAUUUUGCACAUAGCCUUGAAUUUGUCAAAUAAUGGAUGGAGGAACCUGAUGUGAGGGUGUUUCUUUUUACGUUAUUGUUAUUUUGUUAUGGUGACAGGUGCUUGAUUGCUUAAGUGAAAGUAAAACCAUAACAUAUUAUGCAAUCGUCAUGUGCUUAUAGAUACAUUGGCUAUCAUUUAGCUUAUUUCUGCUAAGAUCAAACCAUAAUUACCAUAAGUUCAUUUCAUUCCAACAUAAUGUUCAAUGUAAAAAGUCUACUCCACACAAAAGACAUGUCCCCCACAUGCCUAAACCUGAAUGCAUUUAACAUGUUCAUAGCACGUCACUAUUUGUCAGUUUCUUGUCCAUGUCAUGUCACUUUCAGUCUUCGCAUAUGUCCUUUACAUCAACCUGUCGGGGAACUGUAUGUAUACAAACACUGCCAGGAACCUUGCCUUGUGAUUGGAAAGAUUGAUGUUCUUGAAUACCUGCAAAUGGUCUUUGAUUGAAUCGUCAUCUUCCUGUUGGUGCAGUUAAUUGGCUUACUGAUGUAAUCAUGAAGGUUGGUAUAAAUAGGAGAUGCAGUUUAAUCCAUGGUUAUGAAUAGUAUUAGAGAUGUAUGUGGCUCAACCGUUUCAUAGACCACAGUCUCUAUUGCAACAUCCAUGAUGAACUGAUGGGGUAGGGCAUGCUUCAGUGUCCAACAUCUUGUUAACUCUGAGAACAGUAACUGAUUUAAUGUCAGUUUUUUUAAACAAGGGCAUUUGUUGUAUUUGCUGGGAAAUAGAAAAUACUUACCGGUACCCAUUUCAUGUUUAUUAAUCUCAAAAGCGGAGAGUCAGCUUCAACACUUCUUUCUGUAUGAAUAACAAGACCCAAACAUACAGAAUAGUGCAAUUGUUUAUAGUCAUUUAAAACUCUUUUAAUUUAAAUUUCAGUCUAUUUAUUUUUUUAAAGAUGUAGGAUAUGUGCAAUCAUUAUUUCCGUGCUGACAAUAGCUGAAAAUAUGCGAAUGCAGUGUCAUACAUAACUGGAGGUGGAUCCAUAACCAGUUUUAUAAUGCAUGCUUUGUUUGAAGAGGACUAGGUUGCCAGUUACCGAGUGUUUGUGUACAUCAUAUCUAUGCACUAUAUCAUUUGUCAUAGACAUCAGUAUCAAUGUAUCGAAGGUAACAUACACUGUAAAUAUGCUUAAUGUAUAUAAUGUAAUAAAUUCAUAUAAUAACA